AAUCACAUCUGUCUUUGUAUUGCCAAGGAAAAUGGCCAGCUCUAAGACCUUCCUUUUUAUUGGAGUUGCCUUUGCUGUUCUUCUUCUCAUCUCUUAUGAUGUCUCUGCUCAUGAAUCUGUUGGGAUGGCUCAAGCUCAGGAGAGUGCAACAGUAGAUAUAAACAGCUUUCCGACCGGAAAAGGACAUAGACAUGGGCAUGGGCAUGGACGCGGACACGGACACAAACAUAGACAUAGUCAUGGCUACGGUAAGAAAGGGCAUGGUCACAAGCACGGGUAUGGCGGUGGCAAGACAAAAGCAAUGGAGGAAGUUGAGGCUGGAAAUUAAACAAGAUACUACUUAUUAGUGUGAUGUGUCACUUAAAUAAUAAAUAUAUGAAAAACAAUAAAAAGGGGUUUUUGUACCCUACA